GACCCCCCUGGCUCCAAGCUCCUUUCAGGCAGUUCAGAGAUCAGAAGGUCUCCCCUCAGCUCCUGUUCUCCAGCUGAACCCCCAGGUCCCUCAGCCGCUCCAUCACACUUGUGCUCCAGCCCCUCACCAGCUCCGUUCCCUUCUCUCCACUCGCUCCAGCAAUGGGAUGUGGUGUUGGGAAGCUGAUCUGUUGGGCAAAGGGCAGCUGUCCUGCUGCCCACAACCAUUUUGGGGAUAACACAAUAUUUUCAGAAAUCUCUGCUAGCUGGGCAAGUCCAGACGGGGUGAUGGAUCGCAACCACCGUAGGGCAAGACCAGCGCGGUUUGGUGGUUUUAACAUAUGUGGAAUUGUUCUCAUGGUUAUGACAGUUUUGACUCCGUACAGAACAGGCUUCUUUGGCUCGUUCCAUGUCUCCUUUCAAUAUCUUAAUCUUGCUGCCACAUCAGGAGCUUCUCAUCCCCUGCUCGGCAAUGCACCAGCCUGCGGCAUUUGAACACGAAGCUUUCUCUUAGUGCUUUCUGGGGAAUAUUUUUCCUUGCGUUUGAGGUGCAGCUUUUUUUUCCCUCUAGAACCAGACGUGCUCAAGUAAAACAUGGAAAAUGGGUCCUAUUUUAAGGAUGGGACUCUCCAAAAUAAUUGCAUCCCUAUUUUUGGUACCUUCAAGUUGGAACUGCCUUUGGAAGAGUUGUCCUAUAAAUGUCCAUAACGUUCAGUUCGCGGGGUUGCAGAGGACAUGUAGAAACAAGCCUUUAGAAAACAGGCUCUCCUGCCCUGUCUCCAUUAGUUGCUUCUUUUUUGUGUGACUGUUGGUCAGUUUGGUCAAAAUAACCCUCUUGACAAAGCGCUUCCUCCUGGUCUGGGUGCCGGCGCCUCAUCAGUCCUGCCGUGACUCCCAUGGUUUGCUCAGCAGGAUGGUGGGUUUGCAUUCGGUAGAUGCCCAGUGAUUAUUUGUCAGGCUGAGGUUUUUGCGAUGCUGUUUGUUUGCAAAGUGUCCUGUAUUUGUGGAAAACAGAAGCUACUGAAAGCCUUUGACGGACAAAACUGUGUGUGAUGUUACUUGGCCAUGUAUCUGACACACCUCCAUGGUCUUCAUCCAUGCUUUUGUCUCUCUCCUCCUGAUAAACCAAACAGGUUCCCAUGAAGAAGGUGCCAACCAAGAGCUUUAAAUUCCAUGGCUGUACUUACGGGGUCAGAAUUUGCUGGGUAUCUUUUAUCAUUCCCUACAGCUGAUCAUCUCUUUCCUUCUGCUGAGGGUUUUGGGGAGUCCCAUUCUGAGGGUUAAUGCGCUGAUCCUUCUAAUGUGAUUUGAAAAUACCUACGGACGUGCUGUUCCUCACCCGCAAAUGUAUGGUGGACACACACUGAAAAUCUCAGCGUAGCUCCUGUCUUGUUCCUUCUACGCAGAUUUAUGUUCACGGCGUCUGGUCCUGUGCCCUGCUGACUGUGUAAGCAGCUACUUCGCUCCGUGGUUUGCCACCAGAUGCAUUAAAUAAAUACGCUUUGUAUAAUAUUUGUGUUCAGAUUGGAAUGAUUUUGCCUGCUUCCGGACUCUAAGCAAAUAAUGCAACAAAAGUGGUCUGUAGAACGCAACUUGCUGCCAGCAAAUUUCUGUCCUGGCAUCCUCGUGCGUGUCCUGAGCUACUGAGGCUGGAGGAGGGAAAUUGUGUAUUGAGCAUCUUCCCUGGAAGCUGGUUUUUGAAGGGGCAAAAAUACGCUCCAGCUUUGAUCAGGCCUCUUAAUAUGUAGUCAGUGAGGGGGACAUAAUCUUGGGGUUACAAGGUCCUUAGGGACCUGUUCUCCAGCAAUGCUGGUUGUGUCUGGGGGCUCUGCCGUGCUGUUUGGAAGCGCAGCUUUUUCAGAACUCUCAAACAUCAUCUUCCGGAUGCUGGUGUAGUUGUUUUUUCCCCCUCGUAGAAGACCAGUGCCACCAGGGGAGCUAUUGAUGGAAGAACACGGGGUGACCCAAACAGAGCACAUGGCCACCAUCGAGGCCCACGCAGUGGCCCAGCAGGUGCAGCAGGUCCAUGUGGCUACCUACACGGAGCACGGCAUGCUGAGCGCCGAUGAGGACUCGCCGUCUUCGCCAGAGGACACCUCCUACGAUGACUCCGACAUCCUCAACUCCACGGCUGCCGACGAGGUCACUGCCCACCUGGCUGCGGCAGGCCCUGUGGGGAUGGCAGCAGCCGCUGCCGUGGCAACGGGUAAGAAACGAAAGCGACCACACGUUUUUGAGUCCAACCCGUCAAUCCGCAAAAGGCAGCAGACGCGUUUGCUACGGAAGCUCCGCGCCACGCUGGAUGAAUACACCACCCGAGUGGGGCAGCAGGCCAUCGUUCUCUGCAUCUCGCCCUCCAAACCCAACCCUGUCUUUAAAGUAUUCGGUGCUGCACCCUUGGAGAACGUGGUACGCAAGUACAAGAGCAUGAUUCUGGAGGACCUGGAGUCGGCGCUGGCGGAACACGCUCCCACGCCUCAGGAGGUUAACUCCGAGCUACCGCCCCUCACCAUCGACGGCAUCCCCGUCUCGGUGGACAAGAUGACCCAGGCACAGCUACGAGCUUUCAUCCCCGAGAUGCUGAAGUAUUCCACGGGUCGCGGGAAGCCAGGCUGGGGCAAGGAAAGCUGCAAACCCAUCUGGUGGCCUGAGGACAUUCCCUGGGCCAACGUUCGCAGCGACGUCCGCACAGAUGAGCAGAAGCAGCGGGUGUCAUGGACUCAAGCGUUGCGGACGAUCGUGAAGAACUGCUACAAGCAGCACGGGCGUGAAGACCUGCUCUACGCGUUCGAGGAUCAGCAGACGCAGCAGACGACGACCACACACAGUAUAGCACACCUGGUGCCCUCACAAACCGUGGUACAAACCUUCAGUAACCCCGAUGGCACCGUCUCCCUCAUCCAGGUUGGCACCGGUGCUACCGUUGCCACGCUGGCCGAUGCCUCAGAGCUGCCCACCACAGUGACCGUCGCACAAGUCAAUUAUUCUGCGGUGACUGAUGGAGAGGUGGAGCAGAACUGGGCGACGCUACAGGGGGGUGAGAUGACCAUCCAGACGACGCAGGCAUCGGAGGCCACGCAGGCGGUGGCAUCGUUAGCAGAAGCAGCGGUGGCAGCAUCUCAGGAGAUGCAACAAGGAGCAACUGUUACCAUGGCACUCAACAGCGAAGCAGCUGCCCACGCGGUCGCCACGCUCGCCGAAGCCACUCUUCAAGGCGGAGGACAAAUCGUCCUGUCCGGUGAAACCGCAGCAGCAGUCGGAGCACUUACCGGAGUCCAAGAUGCCAAUGGGAAGAUGGAGCCAAAUGAGUCGCUAGCAACUUGGCAAAGCGCAGAUGAGCUUGCUUGCAUCCAAGUGGACAGGAAGGAAAGAGUCAAGCUUUUUGUAGGGCCUUCCCAGUGGGAACAGAGUAUUUUAAUGAAGUAUUGCCCUGAAACAGGUCUCGUCCAGAUCCCGGUCAGCAUGUACCAGACGGUGGUGACCAGCCUGGCCCAAGGCAACGGCCCCGUGCAGGUGGCGAUGGCACCCGUGACCACGCGGAUAGCGGACAGUGCUGUCACCAUGGACGGGCAGGCAGUGGAAGUGGUGACCUUGGAACAGUGACCAUGCCCAGAGCCAAGAUCAUGGUGAUUUCUUUCCCUCGUCUCUUACGCGAAUGAUUUUUUUACGCCUCUCCAGAGAUGCAAUCAGGUGGCAUCGAGUCUCCCGGCUUUGGAAGCAAAGGUUUUGUUAACUUUUUUUUUGUUUUAAAAAAGGAAAAAAAAAAAAAAACAAACAA